GCCCGCCAUUUACAAGUUCAUUUGAUACCAAGGAUGAUCGCAGAAGUCUUGUUUGAUAAUAGUUUUGCAGAUCGUUUGCUCUCUGUAGAUGAGUUCCGUUGUGGAGUGAUAAUAGGUGGACGGUUCGGUUCCCAGGAGUGCUUGUUCUUACCCAUUGACAUUCCAAAAGAUGACACUUCAAACGAUCCACCCCAUCUAUCUGUUUCGCCCCGUAUGAUUGAGGAUUUAAGUGAAAAAUGGAUUGCAUCACAUUGUAGAAAUCUUGCGCGGAUGAUUCCAGGAGGUGUUCAUAUAAGUGGGAUUUGUCUGACUGUCCCUCAUGGCGAAUUCAACUGUCAUACUAAUCACAUUCAGAAAAUCCUUUCUCACAUAUCGCGGGAUGAUACGCCCAUGAACAGGUUUAUUUGUUCAAGAAGUACAGAAAAACUGGUGUUGGUGGCUGACCCCAAAACGAAAAAAUUUCAAUGCAAAGCUUCUGCUGCAGAUGGAUCUAAUAGCCAAUUUCGAACAGUGGAAGUAAAGAUUCGUCCAUUCAUUGAUCGAUGGGUAUCAUUCAAAACACACAUACUAUUGUCUUUGGAGACUCACUUACCAUCUGAUCGGAAGAAGGAAAAAAUCUUGUAUCAGCUUCAGGCUGCUGUCGAACCUUACCUUCAAUCCUUGGUUACCGAAACACAGUUGCUGAUCAAUGGCGAAUUGCAUCAAGCUGAUGAAAAAUUACUAAAAGAUACGGAUUUUUCUGUACCCCUCGAUGGUAACAUCCAAACCAAAAAGAACAAAAAAUCGUCCAAGUCAAAGCGUUAUGAUUUGCCUCUUAAUGUAGAUCACUCUUUGGUUACUUCGGCGGGGAGUAAAAAAUAUGCAAUUGCCAAGGGGUCUGUUAGUCCAGCUUUUACCCCACUUGACAUAGUAAUUUUCGGACCACAGUUUCCUCAAUGGCAGCGUGCAAGCUCGUCAUCGUCACUUGAAUCUGGUGCUAGUUCGGAUACAAAUAUGAAUAAUGGAAAUGAUACUAAUGAUUCUUCAGGUAGUUUCGUUCCCAUUAAUCGCUUGUUAAUCAAUGGCCGAAUUCCUGGAAUAGCGUUUCUACCAGCUAAUUCAAGUGUUGGAGACUUACUCGAGGCAUUACGGAAUGAUCUUGUACGGAGUAUACUAGCACGAUUACAACUUUUAACAGAAGAGUUACACAUUACCAGUGCUGAACUGGAAGUUCCUCGUAUGUUGCUACCUCAACGGGUAUUAGUUCGACUUCCUGCUUGUCCUACACUACCAUUGUCCGAUUAUAAAUUUCUGUCAGAAACUGCUGAAGAUGUUGUAAAUCGUUUGGUUUACUUCUGUUUACCUCUUGGAACUACUCCCACUAUUCCCACAGGGGAUGGGAUUACCUCCGAUACCGCUGGUCUAGGAAAUCCUGUUUCUGAAAUUGAGGUUUUGUCCUCACAUGAUCGUAUAGAUGCGUCGUGCCUGGAUACUACUUUGGAAAAAAGUCCUGAACAGGAUCGUUACAAAAUGAUAUCGCGUACAGGCUUCUGCUCGUCUUAUUGAAAUACUUUGGAUUUAUAAGGUAAGAACACCAUGGCUUUCUUACGGACACUGAUUCUCAACUGAUAGGUUGCUUAUCAUCUCACAAUAAACCAAUAUCAUACGUCUACUUAUUUUCUCAAUAAACAAAUCCGUACCACUACGUACCUCAUUCAAAGUUGUUCCCAGAAUGUCAUCAAUAACAAAACUAGUGAGGGAAUAGCAAGAUUGUGCAACUUUCUCUAAUUCCCACUUCUGACUUCUCUCUUAUGUUUGGACUCCUAAACAAUAUCAAGUUAAUAUGACUAAAGAGAAGUUAAUUAUAAACUAUGCAGGUGCGGGUUAAAAUGACAUCCUAUUAAGUAUCUGAAUGGCGAGAUAAUUGUCACUAUUGAAUUAUGCUUACACAAACACAGUCUUCUAGUAAAUAAAGUUGUCUGUCGUAUAAUUUAUUACAUUAUUUGUUUUAAUGGUUUCAUCACUGAAUCGCUUGAAGUAAAUCACCUAUCAGUAACGAAGUAGAUAAUACAUGUUGUUAGCUCUGUCCUUUUUUCAUGCUAUGUGGUACUUUUACAAGCAUGAAUAAAAUUCUUUUUACAACUCAUAAGUAUUAAAACUCUUUAAUUGUUAUACAAUUUCUGUUACUCUCUUUUUGUUUCUUCCAUCCACACAUACACAGUUAGUGCUGAUGAUGAAUUAUCUGAAUCUGAAUUGCUAGAUGAAGUGGUUGAAUCCGUUCCUGUUUCUAGCCCAUUCACACUGUACAAUCCUAUCAUACUGGUUACCAGCAUAAUUGUUUUGAUUAUAGCUAUUCUAUUAGCGUAUUACUUCGUUACACAAUCAUACCAGUCAAAAGAUUUUAUACCUCCACCAUUGCCGAAGGAAAUGUGAUCGUCAACCAAACCACAUUAUUACUAAUAUUAUUAUUUUCUACAAAUAUAAACAAAAUUAUCAUCCAUUUUCCAAUAAUUUACUCUAUAUCUAAUAAAAUGUGUAACUUUGUUUAUUUUGAUAUGUCCAACAAUCCAACCCAUCAUUUCUGUAUUUAUUUCUAAUUAUUAUUCAGUUAUUGGUGUAUCUGAUGAAGAGUUGAACAGACGAAACUCCCCAAAAUUAUUUUUCGCUUUCGGUUAUCAUAUGUCACAUACACACGAAUAGGUCAAAAUGCUCACAAGUUUAUUUUGUUUAAUCUGUGCUGUGAGCUGAACUGGUUUCCUGAUUUUUAUUAAUUUUUAUUUAUAAAUUUUUUUACUCCUCUCUUUUAAAAAGAAGUUGCGCAUAAUGACAAAAAUGAAGUGUGUUGUAAAAGGUAAAUUUAUUGUCCAGUCAGUGUGUCAAAAACUACACUGGUGAUUUGUUUCUCAAAUAAUAUAUGUAAACGAGUAUAUUCCAUAUUUUCUUAGCAUGACUGUGUGUAUGAGUGCGUGUACCUGUGUAAGUUCGUAGAUAAAAAAUUAUGUCAUUCUUCUGUUUUUAUUGGGAUUGACAGUUACAAGGAUUACUAUUUGAUAUACCUUGAUUCAUGUUCACAUUUCCCACUUUACUAGGUAAAUUUCUCAACUGAAAGACUUCUAUAAGUACACACACACAGACUUAUACACCCUAAACUACAUAUUAAGUCAUUUUCUUGUACAAAAUAAAAUUCUUUGUGUUUACUUGGUGAACAAACAAAAACUUUGGACAAAAAAAGUGAACGAUUUUUCUGCUUAAUUGUUAAUAUCAUUGUUACUGUCAGUUUUAAAGUUGUUUAUUUACAUUAUUUUCGAGUGAUAAACUGAUACUAUUUAAUCUACUGGCCUUUUAUUUUCAAUAUGAAUGAUAUUUGAAUUGUUUGUUUAUAAAUGUAGUAGUUGUUACAUGUCAUUUUUUUGAGGAUGGAUACUCGUUUCACUGCUUAGUAGAUAGAGAUCUAAAGGAAAAAGUGAAAUAAAAAUACUUCAUUUUUAGUUUCUUUUUUUAAAUUUCUCUGUUGCAUUGUGUUUGUCUGUCCAAGGUUAAUAUUCUUUAUUUUGGUGAUAAUGUGUGUAUUGGAUUUGAUAUGGAUUUUGUUGGUGGUUUAUGUUCAAGGUUUUCUGGAGUUUUUUCUUAUGUAACGUAACUAAUUAUUUAUCGUUGGUUGCCUUCCCAAUUUAUUGGAUGUCUAGUUAAACCACUAUUCAUCGCACAGCCCAUGUAUUAGCCAUUUUUGUGGUGUAUACUCUGUAGUCAGUCAUUAGACCUGUUAUAACAUCUAUAUUUUUGACCUAAUCAACACAGUAGUUACAACUAAUGGGUAUUCUACUGUGAUGUACAAUAUUCAUCAUAUGAUGUGAUUCCUAAUCUUGUUGUGCUACAGUAACAAAUAUGAACACUCAUCUGUCACUGUGUCUUCAUGUCAGCAUGAAAGGAAUACUGUUUUUUGAUUCGAUAACAAGAGAAAAAGUUUGAAAUUAUUUCCCUAUUAAAAGGAAAUAAGAUUUAUUACAAGAUACAUGUAAAUAAAGUGUUAGAUUUUUC